GGCCGAGGCCUGGCCGGGCUUCAGGACGGUGAACCUGUCGUGGCUCAAAUCGCUGGAGUGGGAAGGAAGGGUGCAAAACGGGGUCCCUUCACCACUGUGGGCGCGGGGCCCUGACAGCCUUUUCGCGGAGGCUCGCUUCCGGCGUCAUGGCUCAAAGGGCCUUCCCGAAUCCUUAUGCCGAUUUUAACAAAUCCCUGGCCGAAGGCUACUUUGAUUCUGCCGGGAGGCUAACUCCCGAGUUCUCACAACGCUUGAACAAUAAAAUUCGAGAGCUUCUUCAGCAAAUGGAGAGAGGUCUAAAGUCAGCAGACCCUCGGGACAGCACUAUUUACACUGGCUGGACAGGUAUCUCUUUGCUUUACUUACAUCUUUAUGAUGUGUUCGGGGACCCUGCUUACCUACAGAUGGCACAUGGCUACGUAAAGCAAGGUCUGAACAGUUUGACCAAGCGUUCCAUCACCUUCCUGUGCGGGGACGCAGGCCCCCUGGCGGUGGGCGCUGUGGUGUAUCACAAGAUGAACAAUGAGAAGCAGGCAGAAGACUGCAUCACCCGGCUAAUUCACCUAAAUAAGAUUGACCCCCAUGCUCCAAAUGAAAUACUCUAUGGACGAAUGGGCUACAUCUAUGCUCUUCUCUUUGUGAAUAAGAACUUUGGAGCGGAAAAGAUUCCUCAAAGCCACAUUCAGCAGGUUUGUGAAACAGUCUUAACCUCUGGAGAAAACCUAGCGAAAAAGAGAAACUUCACAGCAAAGACUCCACUGAUGUAUGAAUGGUACCAAGAAUAUUAUGUGGGGGCUGCUCAUGGCCUGGCAGGAAUUUAUUACUACCUGAUGCAGCCCAGCCUUCAGGUGAGCCAUGCGAAGUUACAUAGUUUGGUCAAGCCCAGUGUAGACUAUGUCUGCCAGCUGAAAUUUCCUUCUGGCAAUUAUCCUCCUUGUGUGGAUGAUAAUCGGGAUCUGCUAGUCCACUGGUGUCACGGCUCCCCCGGAGUAAUCUACAUGCUCAUCCAGGCCUAUAAGGUGUUCAGAGAGGAGCACUACCUCAACGAUGCAUAUCAGUGUGCUGACCUGAUCUGGCAGUACGGGUUGCUGAAGAAGGGGUACGGGGUGUGCCACGGCACCGCCGGGAACGCCUAUGCCUUCCUGACACUGUACAACCUCACACAGGACAUGAAGUACCUGUAUAGGGCCUGUAAGUUUGCUGAGUGGUGCUUAGAUUACGGAGAACACGGAUGCAGAACACCAGACACCCCCUUCUCCCUCUUUGAAGGAAUGGCUGGAACAAUAUAUUUCCUGGCUGACCUCCUAGUGCCCACAAAAGCCAGGUUCCCUGCGUUCGAACUGUAAAAGGAAAGCCUGCCCCCUGCGACGCACUGCAUGCCCCUUUCUGUAUAUCAAACCUGGACUAAGUGCUUUGAUUGCUUUUCAAGAAAACAUAGGUUCAAACCGUGUACUUGAUUUAGUUGAUUUUUCUAAUUUCAUAAUUUGUCUUCAGUUUAUUUCCUUCUGUUUAUCAUUUACUUUUACUUAAAAGUAUCCAAGGAAAUCUUUUAACUUUAACUUCAGUUUCUUCCUAAAGGAAGGGUGAGUGAUAUGUACAGUGUUUUGAGGAUAUAUGUAUUUCAGAACGUGGAUGAAACCUUACUCUUACUUAAGCUUAUAAACAUAACCAUCCUUUUCUGUUCUAGAACUAUUUAAAAGAAACUAAAUGUAGAUAAAGAAAAAUAUAUGGUUAUUGUUGGAUAUUGCCAUCUGCCUCUUUAGUAUUUUUCCUUGAACAGGGUAGACAGUUUUAGAACUUUGUUUUUCUUUAAGUGGUUGAUUAUGAAGGGGGACAAAAAUAUUAAUAACUAUAUGCUUCUGAGACAAAAGUUGCAAGAGAUGCAAACUGGUUUAAGGACGUAAAUACCACUUUUCAAAUCCACAGUGCUUGUUCAACUAGGUAAUGAUACUUUCAGAUUUUUUCUUUUUGGUAGUAAAGCAUCCAGGUUCCAGAAGUCAAAGUUUUUUAUCAAAAAUUUCUAACAUGCAAUGGUGGUUUUGAAAAUUCUGGUAUGAAGAUUAGUUCAAGAAAAGCUACGAAAAGUUUAUUGUUUAUUCUAAAAUAAGUUAGUGUAUCUUUGAAGUAUUUAUUUACAUUUGUUUGUUCCUUGGAUUUAGUAUAAGAUCAGGAAACGAUUUUCUAUAUGUGAAUAUAUGGUGACUUAGGAUUUGAGUUCUCUUUGUCCCGCUGACCUUCUAAACUUUGAAUUGUGUUUCACUUCCUUGGCAAUGACUAUGCAUUACUGCUUGCAGUUUGGUAUAAGCCAUAACCUAUUUUCCUUCCUUUCAUUCUAUCUGGAUGUUUGUCUUUUCACUGAAUAGUACAGUAGUCUACAUCCUACAUCUCUCUAAAAGGGGAAAGGGGUGCUAUAUAGCCAAUAACUCGAACAAAAACAGUAAGCUUUCCAUUGAACUGCUGUUUAUUUAGGAGGUAUUUAUCCAGUGAAAAGGUUUAGAACAAAUGCAUCCCAUCUCUUCGCAUAUCCUAGGUUUAACACUUAACGGCUUCUGAGCCCUCAGGAUCGUGUAUUUACCUGGUAGACGAAGGGUCCCUGAUGCUUCCUGUUCUGUACAGAUGUUUUCACUCAUCAGCUUCCCCUCCUCCUCCUUCCUUUGCUGCUUUUUCCAGGCUUGUUUCAUCUUUUCUUGCAUGUUUUGACUGAUUUUAGAACAUUCUGCAGCUUUGAGAAACAGGGUCUAAGAAUGUUAAAUGUGCCUAUUUCGUGGCUUUCUUGGUCACAAAAGCAUGUUGUUUUUAUUUUAACUUGGAGCCAAAUCCCAAUGUGGGUAUAUGUUGGGUUCCUCCAGAGAGUAGUCCCCUAUUAUUUUCCAUUUAGCACCAAAAUAGCUUAUAUUAUUGGAAAUUGUCUGACCCUUUAAAGGCUUCUGACAGAAGGAUCUAAAAAGCAGCCCACUGCUCAGUUCCUGGGAUUAGCUUAUUCCUCGGCGACUCGCACUAGUUGGGAAAACCUUGUGCCUCCAGAUGUCUGCAGCUACUGCUAAGCUGUGCCUUUCUCCUGAGCGUUUCAAAUGAGCAGUGCUGGUGUUCCCAGCAAAGCUAAUUUGCCUUUGGCUGGAUGUCCAACUUGAAAAAAUAAAACCCAUUUGGUUUAGUUAAAUGUCUUACAGUACUGUGCCUGUACUUUGAGCUACUGUAAUUACCAAAGGGAAAGAGAGCAAAACAUACUUUCUCUUAGCCAGAGGAAACUUGACCACAGCACAUCUCCAACAUCUUGAUUAAUUUAACCCCAGGAAGACUCCUCGGUGAGGAGAAGAACACUUUGAAUAAGAGUUGUUAAUAUUUAGAUUGCAAUUUACUGUCUUCCAUGAACAAAUUCAUCAAUACAAACACAAUUCAGGUUUGUUGUUGUUUUUAAGCUUUUUAGGACUUUAAUUAAACUGGUGGGAUUUUCCAUUCAUGAGGUAAGAAAAUCCGAUAGGAUUUUAAACUCCAACAAAAGCCAUAAAACUAAGGGCAGUAUCCUAACGCCAUGGUGGAAAUCGAGAGAAACUUUUAUACCAGCUUUCUUAGUUUUAAAAGGAAGAGACGUCAUUGCGGUUCUGUUUCUGUUACAUCAUUAUUCCCUCAGAUACUUUCUUUUCUUUUGGUUAAAAAAAAAAAAAAAAAGCCUUUCCAAAAGUUGCCUCCCCAAAACUUCACAGUAUCUCUUCCCUCCCUGUGCAGAAACGAGGUAGUAAAACCUUACUUGUUGAGCAGUAUUCAUUUAUCCUGUCAUGCGUUUCUGCUCCUGUGGUGAUGAGAAAUUACAGCAGUUAACUGUUCAUCAUGUAAAAGCGUUAACGUUCUCACAGCCAUUUCCAUCAUCCCACUGGGCUUUGGUCUCCAAGUUGUUGGCCUUUAAGCAUCUUUGAUUCCCUUUUCAUCUUUGAUGUCAGUCCCAAUGACUUGGCACCAAGAGUCUUGAUGGUAGGAAGAGUUUUGGGUAAAAGUGGAUCCAAGAUGACUUUCUCUUUUCACUGCCACUUCCCCACGUAACCGAAUUGAGAGACCUACUCUUGCUCUUAUAUCUUCAGGUUAAUUUGUGUCUGAUCUGAUGGUGCCCUGCCUGCUACUGGCUGAUCUGAAAUAUAAAAUGUGAAGGGCCAACAAUUAUUCAUCUACUCCUUUGGCUUCUAGAACUCAUCUCAGUCCUUUAUUACUCAUACCAAGUUCUAAUUCCACCUCUGCUCCCCGGCAGUAGGUCUGAGGCACCCCACUUCUCUCUUACGGAGCUGUAGAACCGUUUCUCUCCUAUAGGUAUAGAACAGAGUGGGAUGUUCAGGGAACCCACCCCAGUGUUGAUAUUGCCACUUAGUGGGAAGGGCUGGGGUCAUAAGUAUUUCUAUGUUCUGUAAAGGAUUUCACCCACUGAUUUCUCAAUAAAAUUUUACUAGGACUGUA